GACAUCACGCCGUGUUUGUGGUAGAGACUACAUCUGGUAUCAGGAUCGGGUAGGCCUAUGAGGACUGAGACCGGCUAUCGGGACUAAGACUGGGUAUCAGGACGAAGACCGGGUAUCGGACAAAGACCGGGUAUCAAGAAAUAGAUCGGGUAUCAGCACUAAGAUGGGUCUGGCAGCAGAGAGGAAUAAGAAGAAUAAAAAGAGAUCGCACGCAUGACAGGAGCUGCGGUUCCAUGAAAGGACGCGCACAGGGGACCGCUGCCAUUCUGGGACCCGGCAGCUUUUCCAGUGAGAUGGCAGCGGGUCAGCUCAGACCGCUGGGAAUUUCUUUGUCGAAUUGCACAAAUCGACAAAAAGUGACAUGAUACAAUUUACUCCAUAAAACACAUUUUUUUUGCUCUAUUGGAUGGAUAUUAAUGUAUUUUAUAAAAUACAAAGCAUCUUAAGUGCACAUUGAAAGCAAUACAGCUUUCCAUCCAGUUCUGGUUCGGUCUCCUGACACCUUCGGGAAUAUUCUUGUGCCGACCGUCUGCUGGGGUCCAGCUGUGGCCAGGCGCUUCCCAGACGCCUCCUCAUCCCCGGGACCCCCGGGUGGGUCGUGUCCCCCUCGGCGUGGCGCGGAGGCGCACUACCAUGCCCGAGCUCGAGCACCUCCCCCCCACCGGGGGCGCCCUCGGAAGCCCCGACCCCGCCCGGAUCCAGCGGGGCCUCCUGGAGGAGCAGGUGGAGCUGUGGUGGUUCCGGGACCCGGGCAAGUCCGCGCUGUGCUACUGCGUGGCCGUGCUGCUGGUCCUGGGCUGCGGCCUGGGCGGCGUGGGGCUGCUCUCCACCACCACCAGCGCCUCCAGCGAGUGGCGGCUGGGCGCCGGCACCUCGCUCUGCCUGCUGGCGCUGGGCGUGCUGCUGAAGCAGCUGCUCAGCUCCGCCGUGCAGGACAUGAACUGCGUGCGCAGCCGGCGCCGGAUCGACGUGCUGAAGAGCGGCGGCCUGUCGGACCUCGUGGUGGUGCUGGUGGCCGGCUCGGCCAUGCUGCUGUGCGGCGCGGCGCUGCUGCACCUCGCCCUGGUCGACCACAUGCCCAAGCCGGGCCAGGCCCUCCACGACAUGUACGUCUCCGGCGUGGUGCUGCUGGCGGCCGGCGGGGCGGCCGUGGUUGGCGCGGGGUUGUACUCGGCGGCCGUGGUCCUCCUGGAGAGGACCAGGAUGGGCCGGAGGCUGGUGGACCGGCUCACCAGCAUCUUCACCGUCUCGGGACAAAUGGAGAGGCGCCGGGAGACAACCUCCAGCCUCGCUAACCUCAUAUGAGCCACGCUCCGCCUUCAGGCUCCGGAGGGCCGACGGGGACGUCACCCCAGCAGCCAGCGUGGUUCAUUACUGCUCAGCUGCGAGGUCUCUGGAGGGGUGAUGAAUGGAGUCUGAGACGGUAAUCUGCUCCUCCCAGCUCCUGUCUCGAUUAUGAGACCUGAUCCAGACAGACCUGAGAGCGGGAGGGGGGUUCUGGGACCAGCGGGGUUCACAAACACCACCUGACCUGAUGGGAGGGUAGAGGCACUAACAGACUGCAUAAGGGUUUAAUAAUUCAGAAGAGACAAUCCUUCAGCCGUCCUCCUUAGAGGAUAUAACAGGGAGAUUAGGCUGACCUGGUUUAUUAAGGUUGCAUGGAGAUAUUUCUCACCACCUGUGUUGCACAAAAAUGAAAACUCUUGGUAUCAUUUCAUGCAAGUCACCAGGGCUCCAUGUGCAGAGAUUCUCUCCCUCUGUCCCAUUGGUCGAGGCUCUCUGCGUUGAUUACCUCAACCGACGAAGCUGCUGAGUCCACAAACCAAGUUGGUUAGCCCAAGUGGCCUUGAGCAGAAGCAUCGACACCUAACUGCGUGAGUGGAGGUUACUAUGCAACGUUUAUCUUAAGGAACAGCUUUAAUGUUAUAUUUAAUCAAUUUGCAAUUAUUCUUUUUAUGUAUUUUUCUGUAAGUGCCGUUUUAUUUUCAACCCAGAAUGUUUGGAUUCUUAAUUACCUGGGGCCUUAUGAGACUCUUACAAAUCAAAGAAUAGUAGAGUUGACGUUAUGUGAGGACAAAUAUCUCAGUGACCAUUGAAAGAUAGAAUGAAUACAGAUGUUGGAUGUUCUUUACAGCCAUAAAGACACUUCUGAAUGUCAGCAGAAUAAAAUCUAAAGCAUACGGAUUGAAUUGAAGUGCAAAAACAAAAGCACAUGAAGUAGGAAUGUACCUUAUUUAAGAAUUUAGCAAUUCAUUUUAAGUGGGAUUGGACAAUUAUAGAAUAACCUAAAUUUGAUGUUAAUUUAUGAAAGAGGUGAUUCGUUUUUAUUGCAUUAUGUUCAUUUAAUUUAAAUUUGUAUACACAUGUUACUUUAGUUUGUUUAAACUUCCAUAACAGAAGGUUGUGUGAGAGAUCAUUUGCUUUAUUUUGCGAUACUAACUUUAGUAUGUAUCAUGUGAAUAAUGCAGAAAUGAGGAACCUGCUUUAUGAACUCUUUGAUCAUGAUCAGACUGUUAAACUCUGAAUUAUUGAUUGCAUUGCUGGUUGUGAAUGCGUUGGAACAGGGUAGUAUUAACACUGUGCCCACCAACAUUAAAGUUCCCCAGGAUGAAAUGUUCUUACAUUUCUUAAUGUUCUUCAACUUACAACUUCAAUACAAAU